AGCCGCAUGUUCCCACGCGAUCGCGUUGGUAUCAGUUCGCGAAAGGCGUCAGCGUUGACAAGCGUGAGCUGCGAGAGCGUUUUGUUGUGUAUCGCCCGUUGUCGUAUGCGACGGCAGGCAUGGCCGGCGCCUCGACGUUCUGUCUGCUGCUGGUCGCCGCACUUGUGGACUCGGGUUCCUCCACGCGACGCGCACUGCGGUCGUGGGUGAACCCGGGCUGCGACGAGCCGUGCCGCGAGCGUAACGUGACGACGCUCUACCUGCGUGCCGACGGCCCGAACGACACGUUGCACUACGUAUGGGACUUCGUCGGCGUACCGUCCGUGCUGCUGGCCGUCACGCCGCCGUCAGCAUGGCUCAACAUCAGCUGGGACGACUAUCUCGCCAGAAGGGAGAACUCGCUCACCUUCUCGGAGAAGCCCACCUACACCUUCGGGGUGAUAAUAAACAAGAUUAUCGAAUUCAACGACGUUAAUGACACGGCACUGAUUGACACUGCCGACGUCACUAAUACGAACGUUUUGCGUCCCGAGUAUUUCAACUGGCGACGCGUGUCCCUAUCGCAAAAGAACGAACUCGUCUACCUGGAUAUGGAGGGUAACUCUUAUCACGAUACAGCUAAGAAUAUCAGCAGAUACGGGAGUAUAAAGCUUUCGCUCCAGGGAUUCUGCACCAUCGACCACUCGGAUAUGGUGCCGCACAUGUUGCACACGGAGAAUUCUACGCAGGUGGACAUCAUCCUCGACAAGAUCCAGACCAACCAGACCUUCUCCCGCAGCAGAUUCGCUAUUGAAUUGCUCGCGGUUGGCGGGGGCGAUCCCGACGUACCGAUGUUCGUCGAUCCGAAAAAGAACCUGGACGACGAGCACACGCCGGGUAUAUUCGAGGUUGUUGAAGUUAGGACGCCACCGUACAGAGAACUGGACGGCGCGUUGAACGCUGGAUCGUAUUUACAAUGGCGGCCGGUGUCGUACAAUAGCGUGUCGCGCGACGUAACCAGUUCCACGGAGACAAUCCAGUAUCCACCGAAACAAGUGUUCAAUCAUACGAGCGCCAUCAAGAACUCGAUGCUCUAUUGUUACUAUGGCGAAACUGCGGACGAUCUCCUCCUGCAGAAGCUAAUAGUUUCUUUGGGCUCGAAGGGAGACGGUUUUUACAAGAAAACGAAUUACUUGACGUGGACCUUCAUGAUCGGAUACGGCACGCCACCCGAGGAGAGAUUCUCUUCUCUAGUCAUUAUGAUUAUCUCGAUCGGCCUCGGCCUUCCCUUGCUCAUUAUGGCCAUCACCGGCCUGUACCUAUGCAUUCGUCGAAUGCCGAAACGACAUGGCAACGCUUAUUUAAAUCGAUGAAUUCGCCGCUCAUGUGUGCCAUGUGGUUUCUUCGUACGUCGCGUGCACGUUUAGGUGCAUCGCUGCUACACAACCUAUUGUUCUUCACAAAGAGAUAUUCCUAUAUUUAUACAAUCACAUAUAUAUAUAUUUUUACACGAAUUAUUAGCUCGGAUCUGAUAUCAGUGUGAUAAGCGUGAAUGAUAAUUCGUUCUCUCAUAACGUAUUUAACGUUUAGCAAGGUGUUAGAGUAGUCCUCUGUUUUAAUCUUUUAUUAGUACGAUGUUUAGUAUGUUGUUUGUUGACACUUGAUGAAAAAAGAGGAUAGAAACAAUCACAUUUGUCUAAAUACGCUGUGAGAGAACGUCAUGUUAAUUUGUUGCAAUGAAUGAUUGUACUUUUGUAGGUAAUUUGUAAUUGAACGCUGAUUGUAUGCACGAUUUACGAAAUAUACGAUAAGUUGUACUACAUUUUGUAUAGUUUUCUUCACGAUAUUCGUUCCCUAUGUUUAAUAUUAAAGAAGCAUUAAGUGUAUAACGAUGUAUUUUCUGUAUGCACAUAUUUUUUAAAUAUUUUUCGCAAAUAUACGAAAACUGUAUUUGUUUAAA